AUGGUUCCACGCCCGUGGAUAUUGCCGAAGAUGAUCGAUUUGCCAAGAAGCUUCGAAGUGUUUUUCCGGCAGCAUCAUAACCGCAUAUGUCCCACGUGCCAAACGUCGCCGCGCGAAGUGCUGAUCUGUCUCUUAUGCGGAACGCUAGUGUGCCAUUCAGCCAACUGCUGCAUGGCGAACGGUCUGACUGAGAUCGAGAGCCAUCGCAACGAGUGCGGCGUAGGCACCGCCGUUUACCUGUCCGUCCAAACGUCGGUGGUUUCGGUGGUGCGCGGUCGACGCGUCUGUGAAUGGGGUUCGUUGUACUUGGACGCCCAUGGUGAAGAGGAUCGUGAAUUAAAGCGUGGCAGGCCGUUGUUCUUAAGCGAGGAGCGCUACGCAUUCUUGCAGCGACAGUGGCUCUCACACAGAUUCGACCUGGACUGCCGAAACUGGUAUUGGUUGGUGUUCAACGGCCAACGGUAG